UUGGUAAUCAAAUCUUAAAAACCAUUAAAAUUUUUUUUUUUUCAUAACAUCAAAACUCAUCUUCAGAAACAAAGAAGACGUGCACUAUUCUUUCAAGUUUCUAACGCAGACUUCAAAGAGACUUUUAUACCAAGAGCACCAAUAAUCAUCCAACAGUUUCAAUUGCUAAUCUGAGACCACAAUCAAUCUCAGAAUAUUUCAAUUCCCAUUCAAUUAACUCAAACCGAACCGAUUAGAAACGGUUCGGUUCUAGUUCGGUUUCAAUUUUUUUACUUUAAACCCGAACCGUUUGUGGUAUGUAGUUUUCGGCGUCGGUUCCUAAGUUUUUUAACAAGAACCGACCCGGUCCCAGGCAAAACAUAACGCCCGCCUUAAUUGACUUUCUGCAAUUAUUUUGUGCUGCCAUUCCGUUGGAUAGUUGGCUAAUAAAUAAAAGUCUAAACCAAUCCAAAGAAAAUGCUCCAUGGUGCCAAAUAUGAUUGACCUGGUCAAUAGAAAUGGGUCCGAUAUUGUAUUUUUUCUUAAUUAGACCAGUACAAAUUGUAUGAUUGAACGACUUUCAGGCCACACAGAAAGACUCGAUUUUGGUUCAUCCACGAGUCUCCAUGUAUAUCAAAUUACCAAAAGUAUAUUCUUAUAGCCAAUCUUCAAAUUUUUGCAACCAUGGGUACCAAAACAAACCCAAAUUUCAUGGUUUUGGUUCUUUUCUUGUGCCUAUAUCAAAAUACCGGUAUUUCCCUUGCAGCUAACACCAUCACCACAAACCAAUCUCUUUUUGGUGAUCAAACCAUUGUCUCUGCUGGUGGAGAUUUUGAACUGGGUUUCUUUAGACCAGAUAACUUCUCAAACUACUGCAUAGGCAUAUGGUACUACAAGCAAGUAGUGCUAUCUGAGAAAACCAUAGUCUGGGUGGCAAAUAGGGAGCAACCAGUUUCUGAUAGAUUUGCCUCAGUGUUGAGGAUUUCAGACGGUAAUUUGGUUCUCUUUAAUGAGUCCCGUAGUGAAGUUUGGUCCACAAGAGUGACAUCCACCACCACCACCAGCAGCUCAGGUACUUCUAUACAUGCAGUUCUUUUAGAUAAUGGAAACCUUGUCUUAAGAGAUGGGUCUGACUCCCAGCUUUUAUGGCAAAGUUUUGAUCAUCAAGCCCAGACUUCUCUACCAGGAAGUACAUUUGGACUCGACACUAUUGCCAAACAAACCCCAAUUCUCACUUCAUGGAAGAAUUCAAGAAGAAUCAGUCUGCAGUGUGGGAAUACCGACAAGUUUCGUGAGAUGUCUAGUAUGUCACUGCCUGAAGGAAAGGAAUUAGAAUAUGCUAGGAGUAUUGUGCAAUGUGAAUCAGCGUGCAUAAAUAACUGCUCUUGUACUGCUUAUGCUUACGUCAACAGUGACUGUUCAAUUUGGAGUGGAGACCUCUUAAAUCUGCAACAACUCACAGCAGAUGACGGUAAUGGAGCAACUUUGUACCUCAGGCUUGCAGCUUCCGAGUUUAAGAAUCCCAAAAGUGAUACUGGUGGUAAGCGGUCCCUUGUAAUUGCAUUACUCUCAGCAACAGCAGCAUUGCUUAUAACAAUAUUUGGUUUUUUCUUAUGGAAGAAAACCUUGGGAAAUAGAAGGAAGUCUGGAGAAACUAUGAGUAAUGUUAACAUUGGUGGAAAGAAUGAUAUUGAACUCCCACUCUUUGGUUUAAGGAGCAUAUUAGCAGCUACAAACAACUUUUCUGAAGCUAAUAAACUCGGAGAGGGAGGAUUUGGCCCUGUGUAUAAGAUUUUUCUUCCUUUACAGGGGAUUUUAACCGAAAACACAGAAGUAGCCAUCAAAAGGCUGUCGAAGAAAUCCGGGCAAGGACAUCAGGAAUUCAUGAAUGAGUUAAAAGUUAUAGUCAAACUACAACACAUCAAUCUUGUUAGGCUCUUGGGCUGUUGUCUUGAAGACAGGGAAAUGAUAUUAAUCUAUGAGUACAUGCCUAAUCGAAGUUUGGACACAUUUUUGUUUGAUCCAUCUGAAAAGACGAAACUUAAUUGGAGUAAACGCUUUCAAAUUAUAGAAGGUAUUGCUCAAGGAGUGCUUUAUAUCCAUAAGUACUCCAGAUUGAAAAUCAUUCAUAGAGACCUAAAAGCAAGUAAUGUUCUGUUGGACGAAGAUUUGAACCCCAAAAUUUCAGACUUUGGAAUGGCAAAGAUUAUUGAGAUAAAUCAGAAGGAAGCAAAUACCAACAGGGUUGUUGGGACAUAUGGCUACAUGUCACCUGAGUAUGCACGUUAUGGUCACUUCUCUGUGAAACUGGAUGUAUUCAGCUUUGGAGUCCUGUUGUUAGAGAUUGUAAGUGGAAAGAGGAAUGCUUCUUUUUAUCAUGAUGAACAAUCAGUAGUAACACUUGCUGGUUGGGCAUGGCAAUUGUGGAAAGAAGGAAAAGGAAUGGAAGUGAUUGAUGCAUCAGUAAGGGAAACAUGCGAGCCUCAUGAAGCUUUACGGUGUAUCCAUGUAGGCUUCUUGUGUGUUCAAGAAGCUCCAGUUGAUCGGCCAACAAUGUCUUCUGUAAUUGAUAUGUUGCAGGGCGGUGAAGCAACAUUUCUUCCACCCUCCAAACCUCCUGCAUUUUCAACACAUAGGAAGUCUGAUGCUGUUGUUUCUUCUUCUCAAACACCUACUAGAUUUUCCAACAAUGCAAUUACCAUUAGUAUCCCAGAAGGUCGAUAGAGAUCAUAGAGCCAGGUUCGACGUCUGUCGGUAGUUGGGACUUGUAAUUUUUAUGUUCAGAUUUCUUAUCCAGGGUUUUUUUUUUAAGAUGUAGGUAAC